UUAAUUUGUUUAAUAUUUGUGACAAAAGUUGCGUCAAAUUCAAAUAAACUAUUUUCAAAAUCGGAAAUAGAUCCACGAAUUAUAGGUGGUCAUGCUAUAUUAAUACAGGAUGCACCAUGGCAGGUUUCAGUGCGUCUUAUAGCGUUAGAAGAACAAAUGUACGGUUCGGGACAUAUAUGUGGCGGUUCCGUUAUUUCACAACGUGUUGUAGUCACCGCAGCUCAUUGUGUGGCAAACGAACAAUAUACACCAAUAGUUUAUCGUGCACCGAGUGAGUUUACCUUGGUAAUGGGUUCGACCUAUUUAACUACUACGAAUUAUUAUACACUACAAUACGAUGUCUUGCAAAUUAUCGUUAAUGUCAAUUUCGAUAUAAAUACUUUAGUUAAUGAUAUAGCGCUAUUUUUAAUAAAUGGUUAUAUACCAUGGAAUUGGCCAUCAGUUAUGUCAAUACCCUUAAAUACACAACCAGAACCAAGUGGAACUAUAUGCACCGUAUCGGGUUGGGGUUCAACCGGUUAUAGCUAUAUAUCAGAUGUCUUAAUGGAAGCCACUGUACCCAUUGUUAAUUACACCACAUGUGAUACAAAUUAUGGUAAUCUUUCGAUGGGCAUGUUAUGUGCUGGUUACAUGCAAAACGGUGGCGUCGAUGCCUGUCAGGGUGAUUCUGGUGGUCCUUUAGUUUGUAACGGUGUUCUAGUUGGUAUUGUUUCCUGGGGUCAAAGCUGUGCUCAACCUGGUUAUCCGGGUGUUUAUACGAAUGUUUCGUACUAUAAUAAUUGGAUUGUUACAAAUAAUAAUUCCUUUAAUUAUAGUUAUUAUUAUAAUAACUACGAUGAUGGCGAUGAUGGCGAUGGAGCGAAUAGAAAUGUAUCGAUGUUUUUAAGUAUUGUUAUGCCCUUAGUGAUGUUAAUGUUAAGGAAAUAUUUAAACAAAUAA